AUGAGCGCAAACUCCGGCGAUGUUCCCGAUGCCUGGGAGGAUUCGUGGGAAAACCAAGUCGAUAAACUAGAUCCAACGUCUACCCCGCCAGAGAAGAAAGUCUCGUCAAAGGUGACCAAGGCGCAACGCAGAGCGCAACAAGCAGAAUUCAAUCGCCAACUAUGGGCUGAAGCUGAAUCCCCCGAAACAUUCCACUUCGUCGAAGCCCGCGCCGAGGUACCCCUCAAGCAGGACUUCAAGCCGGCCGUUACACUACUUAGCCGGAAACCACAGCUAGUAACGAGACAGAAUUCCGCAGGCGGAGUCAGCGCCGCAGCAGCCGGCCUCAAUAAGCUCGGACUAGACGACGACGACGACUCAGACGACGAAACCAAGCCGCCCGAGCCAACACCCGAAGAGCGCCAGGCCAUCGCACUCAAGAACCGGGAAGAGAAGCAGCGCAAGUACGAAGAAGUUCGCGAACGACUGUUCGGUAGUUCCUCUGCGACUGUCUCUGGCAACUCCUCGCCUGGGAGUACGACUCCGCCUCGGCAGAAUCACUCUGGCGAGGGCAGAGGGAGGGGCAAGGGCCGUGGUGGUGGCAGGGAUCUUCGCGAGAAGAGAGAUUCUUCGUCCGCUUCCAACAAGUCUUCUAGACAUCUCUACGACCCGUCUAGUCCUGGCAAAUCUAAUACUCCGUUCUCACGGGGAGGAGGCCGGCCGCAGCUUGAGCGGUCUGGCUCUGAUACGCCGCCGCAGCAACCUGUGCGCGCUCCUCGAGGCCCUGAUGCUAGUGGAAGGGGUGGAUUCAAAUUUGGCAACAGAGGUGCUCGAAUUGGCUAA